GUCAGAGGAACUGUUUGAGACGACACACUCCAGCUGGUUUUUCACCUCUCAUCUUCAUAAUCAACUAUAUGAUCCAAACCAUACUUCAGUAAAGAUCUGUUAAAUCAGUCUCAUGUUCAGUGUUUUUUAUAACGUGUAGCUUUUCAAUUCCCCAAAUCUUAAUAUUCACUGAACAUGGACUGUGGUAUAAUAAUAUUCUCAAUUUUUCUGGUGGCUGCUUCAGGACAGUGGCUACAACAGGACCAGAUAUCAAAGACUAUGAAAGAGAAACAGAGUGUCUCCUUCAGCUGCAAAGUUACUGGUCGGUGUUGGGGUAACCUGGUCCACUGGUACCAGAAGAGAGAGGGUGAACCCUUUACUUGGAUUCUAUACUUUGAUUUUGAUGACAAUUCUAUCAGUCGUGAUUCUACUCAUCCUCAGAGAGCAGAUUUCACUGUUGGGAGGGAGUCUGACACCAGUGAGCUGAAGAUCCAGUCAGUUAAAGUGUUCCAUUCUGCCACCUACUACUGUGCCUGCUGGGACUCGUCAACCCACAGUGAGAACAUAUCUGCCUCCCGUGUCUGCAUCUGGGUCUCGCCUUGUGCCUUUAUAGGGCCAACCUAUUGCAAUGAAAUGCUUGAAUUUGGCUCUGGUACGAGACUUUCUGUGACAGACAAUACCGUACAAAAACCCAAAGUGACUGUCUACUCAGAGUCCAACCCUGAGUCGAAGGUGAACACCCUGCUAUGUCUGGCUGGAGACAUGUUUCCAGACUUGGUCAAGAUCUCAUGGAUGCUGGAGGAUGAAAACGGCAAAGCAGUCAAGGUGCCUAAAGCAGAGGGGGAACAGCUGGAGCAGAGGGAGGAAGGACGGACGACCAGUAUGAUCAUCAUUGAUAAUGAGAAGAUUUACAGGAACAAAUACAUCUGUUCUGUGGAGCAUGAAGGGGGCCCUCAAGAUGUUUACAUGCUAAAAGAUAAACCAACUGAAGCUCCGCGAACCACAGGGGCUUCACCAACCUGCCUGUUCAGAAAUGACACGCAGCAGUCACAGACUCUACAUCUUGCCGACGAAUCCUUCCAGUCAACAUUUAGUCUGAACCUGGCCUCUCUGGUUUACACAGUGAUGAUAGUGAAGAGCAUGGUGUACUGCUGUGGGCUCUCUAUCCUGCUGCACCACAGGAGCUUGGGAAGAGGACCCAGCACCUGUAGACACAUUCAUUGAAAGGAGACCACCCCCCACGUAUGGAUAGAAUUGUACUGGGCGGUAAACAACAUGGACUUUACAUCCCAUUGAGGUCUAACAUUUCAUUUGUAUUGCUUUUAUUUUUCCUGCUUUAUUUUUUAGAUGCUACAAUAUUGUGAGUCAUAGUUUUCCAUGUCUUCUAAUAGCUUCAACUGCCAAAUAUGACAAUUGCAGCACAUUUAAUUUUGUAUAUGGAGUAAUGUUACCCUCCUUAUGUGGGAGCUACCCACUGCAGACACAUGAAUAAAGGUUUUCUGGAAAAUAAGCAGAGCAAAUCUUGAAUGUAAAUAAAUUAUGAUUUUAAUUUAGACUUUUUUUUGGUAAAGUUGCCCUGCAAUAUGUCAGAGGUAGGCCUAAAUUAUACUCACAACCUGUAUUUAAUUUAUACAAAAUAUGUACCUAAAUAUGUAGGCCCAUGAGUUCUAAAUCAUUAUCAAAUAUAAUAUGUUGUAACUUGUCUUCAAGUGUAAUUUUUCUCAAGAAAUUAGUUUUUCUAACAGUAUUUCACAUCUUAAUUAAUGAAUAGGAGAAUCAAUUGUUGCUUUAAAUAUCUGAAUGCUGAGUGCUUAUUGAGCAUAAAAAUUGGGCUAUGCAAAAUCAUUUAUUUGUGCUUUUUUACAUUUAAUACAAUGUUUUUUUAUGCAGCUUUUAUGAAGAGUAACACAGCCUGCUCAAAUUAACCAAGUUGCUCAAAAUAAUAAUAUCCUUUCAGAUGAGGAUGGAUUUAAUAAACGCUGCCUUUGCGAAUGAAUAGUCACAACAAUGGUUCUGCAAAUUAUUGUAAAUAACUUUUUUAAAGUUUCUUGCUGCUUUGUAUGAAUAAAGGCUACCUAAUUCCCCCCCCCCAAAAAAAAAAUUAUAUAUAACAUAGCAUUUCUUUACUAUAAGAUCAUCUAUUCAUAUUUGUGAAUGUUAUUUGAUUGAAUCUUAUCAGAAGCGAAACAAUAAAAUUGUAAGAUCCCCUA